AUGAUAUACAGCAAAGUCGACAUUUGGCUUCUGGUCCUGGGUUUCCCGGAUCACGAUGGCGGUUACCCGUGGUCCAAGCCGUUCACCCGUAGUCUACGGACCCAUGCGCCCGCUCUACCAUGGCCUGAUAUGGCCAAGAUUGCUGCGACGAUCGGGGCUUCCGACCGCUCGACAAUAUCCCUUGCGGAGGUCAAGCACCACAUUGAUUUUGCUGUCCCAGAAAACCCUCGGAUAGAAUACCGCGACAAAAUGCUACUGGCGCAGGGCAGCGUCCGCGAACGGGACAUGUGGGAGGGACUCUCACACGAUAACAACGAGCCUGCACGAGCUUGGAAAGAAAUCUUGGUUGGCAAAAAGUUCAGAUGGCAGAAGCACGCCAUGUGGGCGAUUCACCGCGCCGGCGCUAUAUCUGCUCCCGCGUUCGCCGCAGAAAGCAAGACGUGGGCCCGAGCAUUCGGCAACUUUCUCCUCCACGACAAUCCCAACGGAGUCGAGGACGUCCCGUUUCUCAGGGAGCUCCGCAACCGGGCAGCCAAGCGUGACAAGAAGAAGCGGAAAUCUCGACCUAAACUGGAGAAAGAUGCGUCGCCGCUGCAGGUCACCGCAGAGCCUCACGAGCAGCCGCAGCCAAGCUUGAAGGAGGCAUCCGUCACAUCCCUCGAGAACCGCCAAGAGAUCUGGACGGCGCUCUGCCCCCGAAGAAAGUGCGUCGGCCACUUUCCUUUCGAGGUCCCCGUCCCCCCGGCCGUCAGGCUCCGAAAACACAUCCUUGACGAACUGGAGAACAAGGAGGACGACCGGCAGAGGGACGAGCAGUUGGCACACUACAUCCACCCCCACGUGCGUAUCAGCGUCGCUCAGCGGAGAUUGGCUGAUGGCGGGACCGUUCACACGCUGGUGCUGGGCCUCGCCGAGCAUGCCCGCGACUUGCGCUUCUCCCGCCUGGGCUUGCUGCAGGCCUACGACAUGGUCGUCUGCUGGGCGUCAAAGGUCGACAGGGAGGGGGUCAGCAUCUCGCUGAAGAGCGCGUUCGACGGUUGCAACGGGGCCACGGAGGAGAUCGUGGCGGGCGGGGAUCGCAUCAAGGAGAUGGAGGAGCUGGAGAGGCAGCUGGAGAGGCUCAUGCCCGACGGCUCGCAGUUCGAUCGCGCGGUCGAGCGCGCCUCCGGAUGGCUGGAGCUGCGCAAGGGCCGGCUGGCCACUCGUCCGGCAGAGCGGGAGAGGCGGCUGCGCAGGUGGUGUGAAAAGAACCUCGGCGAGCUGGGCGACAUUGACGGAGACCUUCUGGAGCAAGCGUGCCGGCGGGCUGUGGAGGUCAAGACCAGGGAAUGGAACACGGACAAGCGGGGGAUCAAAGACGUGGAAACCGGCACCGAUGGUGACGGAGGUCGACCGUCGAAGAGGGCGAGAGUGCGUCGAUGA